AUGAGGUCGCAGUGGGGUGACAGGCUGCGUAAAUAUGAAACAGGAAUGAGAAUUUGUUUUUCUUCGUCGUCCUUGUGAGAAGCUAUGAAUGACACAUGGAGUGGACGACAUGGCGAAACAGCUGAAAGCACACAUCCGAGUCAUUGGAUGUAGAAUAUGUGAAUGACAGGGCAAAUGGCAAGGAUCACAGUCUGUAGCUUCAGCCUACAACACAGCUGUGGUUACCUUACUUGGGCUGGACCUGCCUGCAUAUAGAGAUUGUGGCACACUGCUACUCUGAACCCACACAGCGGACGACUGUGUCAUGGAAAACCUUGCCAUGGACUUCAUCAUUAUCUGCGAUGCCGACACAGAAAAACUGCUGACCAACACGUCUAUCCUGUCAUGGAUGGAGACUGUGAACAUCGCCAUGGAAACCAUGUACGGAGUUAUGGAGCAGCUGGGUGUGGACAACCUGGACAUCGACUGGAUCUCCUUUCUGGUCUGGAUGUUCCUCCCGAUGGUCGUCGCCUUCAUCCUGCCAUUGUUUGUCAUCAUCCUCCUCUACUUGACCGCGCUGAUCAUACACAUCUACCGGGCACGACACAAACUGCGGGAUGCGUUCGCUGUGGACCUUUGGCUUGGUGCCCGAAAAACUGUUGCACUACUCUGGGAACUGCAGGGCAAAAUAUGGCAUGGAUACGAAAUCCAUGGUGCGGAGAAGCUGCCUGCCAGUGGCCCUGCCCUGGUGGUGUACUACCACGGUGCCAUCCCCAUCGACCUGUACUACGUCAUGGCAAAAGUCGUGCUCAAUCAGAACCGCCUUCUGUAUGCUGUCGCCGACCGCUUUAUGUUCAAGAUCCCAGGCUGGAGCCUGAUGCUGAAGGUGAUGUGCGUGACUCCUGGGGCACCAGAAGACUGCAUUAAGCUGCUGAAGGAGGGAAACCUGCUCUCCCUGUCUCCUGGUGGGGUACGAGAGGCACUCUUUGGGGAUGAAUACUACAGACUAGUCUGGAAAAACAGAAUGGGCUUUGCCAAGGUGGCUAAAGCAGCCAAAGUGCCCAUAUAUCCCAUGUUUACUCAGAACUGUCGAGAGGGAUUUAGGUCCAUCAGAAUGGGGAGACACUUCCUGGAGUGGGUGUAUGAGAAAACCCGGCUGCCCAUUGUGCCAAUUUACGGAGGCUUUCCAGUGAAAUUUAGGACGUAUAUUGGGGACCCAAUUCCAUAUGAUCCCAAGGUCUCUGCUCAGGAAUUAGCUGUUAAGACCCACAAUGCCUUGGAACAGAUGAUUGACACAUAUCAGAAGAUCCCAGGUACCGUCUUUGGUGCCCUGCUGGACAGAAUCCCUGCAUUCAGCAGCGAGAAGCAGGAAUAAAGAGGACAUGGAGCGUUUGAUCAAACAGUACAUGUUGUUAUAUAGGCUGGCGUCACACUGUCAAUGACCUUUGGGUGAAUUUGUUCAUCACCAGAAAGUCAGCAAACUUUAAGAUUGCCAGAGAAUCCAACACGUUUUUUGCUUAAAAUCUAGCCUCUCUCAUUGGAUUACCUAUCUCAAAAUUGUGAAGUGGUCAAAAGGACACUGCUGUUAAAAUGUCCUACUAAAGCUCACAGACUUAUCCGGCAAGCUAUUUUCCUGCUGUGUGACGCUGUCUUAAUGCAACAGUCAUGUGCAGUGGUUUGGUCAAGUUGUGCAAUGGUCACUUGCAGGGCAAGGUGCAAAACUGUAGACGUUUGCAGCGUCAGUGUAAAGUCAAGAAUUAAAACACAUUCAGUGCAGUGUGGUACAGUGUGAAAUGGAACUGUUGUGUGUUAUGUUGCUGGUAAUAGAAAGGAGUGACAUAUCAGUGCCUGUCUUCCAAGAGCCUUUGAAAAGUGCAAGUAGAAAUUAUGCUAAGAUAGCUUAAAGUGUUUCUCACUAGCUAGAUUUGUCCAAGGAGGUU